AUGGUAGACUUUACUCUCACCACAACCACCAUAAAUCGUCUACUCAGACCUCUGCGGAAUAGAUGCGUUGCAUUCGCAAAGUCUCAAAAUCUACCACCGCCUCUGCACACAUACUCUACUAGGGAUCCAGUUCACGUUGAUGUCCCACCGCUCUCGAUCUUACACCCACCAGAUAAGCUCGGUAUCCGAAUUCAUUUCGAGAAGCAUGCACUUGACCUUUUGGAUCUCUCUCGCAAGAUUUAUGCCAUACGCGACUCUUUCAGGGAUAUUCUCUUCAAGAUGCCCAACAUAUUGCCAGCACCAACAGAAUUCCCAACCUCUGCGAGUCUUGUUGCCAUCUGCUCUGUAGUUGUUGGGCAAAAUAUAGACUGUGAUGCUGACGAGGCCAAUGAAAUUUAUGAAGCUGUCCCUAUGCAAUACCGCGGAUGGACUCUUGCCUCGCACGCUGUAGAAAUCGUUCUAGCGUCAUGCCCUCAUCACCCAACGUUGCUUCGCAUUUUGCUCGAUUUCUGCUUGAGUCACCGACUUGCUCACAAUGCACAAGCUCUCCUUCAAGCUCUCUUGCUUUGUGCCGUCCGCCCAACGCCAGUUAUCCCGCCCCUGUGUCAUCCUCUACAUUCUUCCUUCUUACUGGAUAUUGAGGGUCAAUGGACCUGCGCUGGCUUCUCGAAGUACCAGUUUACUAGUGCUCUGCUCACUGCAUUGGGCACUGUAACGAGCGCAGACGCAUGGGCAUCGAAAGCAGUUGAAGUAUAUGGCAAAGCAGCCUGUAAAACUCAUUUUCACUCGUUCCUGGACUUGGCAACUGCUCUUGUGGACUUCAUUUCACGACAAGUUCGGGUAUGCGAUCAGCGGAAGGAGGACACGCUAAAGGUCGAGGGACUACUCAAAAGUCUAUGCGGAUGGGUGAACGUUUUGUCCAAAGGCUAUUUUCCUUUGGAUCGUGUAAACGUUGCGCUGGAGGACUGCCUUUCUCUUUCAGAGUUGAUUGCCGUCAUUUGUUCCCUCUUGAUACCGACACAAGCUCUUGGAAUUUCUACAUUGAAUCUCUCAACCUUCGUCGUAAAAAUAUCAACUCAGUGGCUGGUGUUCUUUCCGACGUCAGUUCACACAGGAAGAGUUGUGCAAAGCCUUCGGCGAUUAGUACCGGAAACAACAGCAUACUCUCAUCUCAUUCAUUCUGUCUACUCCAGCGGUGACGUUCGCGAUUGUCACAAGAUGGUACACAGAUAUGCUUCGGCAUUGCGUUCUAGUGGCCUUUUGCAUCUAGAGGCAUCCUUGUGGGCUUGUGCGUUGCGCCAUCUUGAACGACCAGGACCUGAUGAUAUCGCUAUAAGCAAAAUUAACCCUGCGCGCUUGGAAGAUUACCGCCAGCGGUUGAUUCAUAUUGUUGAUGAAGCUGAGAGCCGGUGUUUCGGCGGCCCCAACCCCUCCCUAGCGAUGGGUUCUCAAUCGCUGCCUCUAAAUCCGAUCCAACUGGAGGAGGGGAAAUCAGAAAGCUUGACACCUGUCAUGUUGAACUGUCACUGGGAGUGGGAGUCCGCGAUUGGCUGUUGGAUGCGCAAACGCGAUACUCGAUCCCCUCCCAAAAAGAGACGCAGAAUGGCAGUGGAUGCCAGCUGCACAGUAAAAGAGGUCCGCUCAAGCGUCAAUCCUAAGCGGUUGGUUCCUCCGCCUCUUGGUGUUCAUGCUUUGACAGCUACACAAUCGCCGUCUCAUAAUUUCUCCUCUCUUCUGGCGGAUGCAUUUACGAAGAGGGCCAACCUUCAUCGAAAGCCAACGAGAAGAGAUUCAAUCCGAACGAGUACUACAAUGCCCAAUGAUAAAUAUCGACCUCCAUCAUGCCCUACCUUGUCAAGACAAGACCACUUACCAUCAGACGACGCUAUGGACCUUUUUACAUAUCCUCAGUCGUCGCCAUCUCGUUAA